GUGGCGGCGGCGGCCCCGCGGCGCAGGGCCCGGCCCGGCGCGGCCCGGUCCCGGUGCCCGUCGCUGCGGCGGAGGCCUCUGAAGAUGUCCAACAGCAACACGGCACAGGAGUCCCUGGAAAUUAUGAAGGAAUCAGAAAAAAAGGUGGUGGAGGAGUCUGUGAACAAAACCAAAUACGUGUCCAGGUCACCAAGCAAGGAGGAGGUGGAGAAGGAUGGCGGGGAGGAGGUCAGCGUGCGCCAGGAGUCCCAGAAGCGAACGUCGAGUCACGGCCACGCCAGGAAAAGAGCCAAGUCCAACUCAAAGCUUAAACUGGUCAGGAGCUUGGCUGUGUGUGAGGAAUCCUCAGGCCCCUUCGUGGAUGGGCUGCUGGAGUCUCAGGACAUCAUCCAGCUGCACGUGAGCUGCCCCUCCGACAAGGAGGAGGAGAAAUCCACCAAAGAUGGGGUGGAGAAAGAAGAAAAAGAGAAAAAUAAAGAAAAAGCACCAAGGAAGAUGCUCUCUCGAGAUUCCAGCCAGGAAUAUACAGACUCCACUGGAAUAGAUUUACAUGAAUUUUUAGUAAAUACACUGAAAAAAAACCCAAGGGACAGAAUGAUGCUGCUCAAGUUGGAACAGGAGAUUCUGGAGUUCAUUAGUGAUAACAACAAUCAGUUCAAGAAGUUCCCCCAGAUGACCUCGUACCACCGCAUGCUGCUGCACCGCGUGGCUGCGUACUUCGGCAUGGAUCACAACGUGGAUCAGACUGGCAAGGCUGUGAUCAUCAACAAGACCAGCAACACGCGAAUCCCCGAGCAGAGAUUCUCUGAGCACAUCAAGGACGAGAAGAGCGCAGAAUUCCCUCAGAGGUUCAUCCUGAAGAGGGAUGACACCAGCAUGGAGCGGGACGACAACCAGAUCAGACUCCCCUUGCAGGAUGGGAGAAGGAGCAAAUCCAUCGAGGAGCGGGAGGAGGAAUACCAGCGGGUCAGGGAGAGGAUCUUUGCACGAGAGUCUGGCCAGAAUGGAUUCCUCACAGACAGCAGGGGCGCCCGGGAAGGGCUGGGCAGGAGCCCUGGCAGCCGCCAGAGCAGCACCGAGAGCGACAUCAAAUCCCUGGAGCCGCGUCCCUGGAGCAGCACGGACUCUGACGGCUCCAUCCGCAGCCUGAGGCCGCCUGUCACCAAAGCCAGCAGCUUCAGUGGCAUCUCCAUCCUCACCAGGGGGGACAGCGUGGGCAGCAGCAAGGGCAGCGCCGGCAGCAGGAGCUCACGGGCAGGUUUGGUGCUGGCUGCCCCCGAGGGCUGCAGCCCGUCCCCCUCAUCCCAGGCCGGCCGUGCCCUCCUGCCCUGCUCAGCCCCACAGCCCCCUGGGCUCCCCCCAGCCCAGCAGCAGCAGCAGCAGCAGCAGCAGCCGCCCAUCAGCAGCCCCAUCAUGUCCCAGCCGGUGCCGGCGCUGCAGCCCGUUCCGUACUCUCCAAGCUCCUGCCCCCAAGUCCUCCUGCCAGUCUCUCCACCCCAGCAGUACAACCUGGCCGACGAGCUCAGCAGCCCCUUCGGGCAGAUCAGCCUCAGCCGCCAGGGCUCCACGGAGGCUCCAGACCCUUCCUCGGGGAUGUUCCAGCCCUCGCUGCUGUCCCAGCACCCCCAGCAGCCAGGGUUCAUCAUGGCAGCUCCUCCUGGGCAGCCCAUCCCCACCUCCAGCUACUCUGCCUCGGGGCACACGGCCCCCAGCCAGCCGGUGCUGCAGCCCCAGGGCUACAUCCAGCCCCCACAGCAGAUUCAGGUUUCUUACUACCCCCCUGGGCAGUACCCCAACUCCAGCCAGCAAUACCGACCCCUCAGUCACCCAGUGGCCUACAGCUCCCAGCGCCCCCAGCAGCUCCCCCAGCAGUCCCAGCAGCCAGGUUUACAGCCAAUGAUGUCCAACCAGCAGCAAAGCUACCAAGGUGUGCUGGGGGUGCAGCAGGCUCAGCCCCCCGGGCUCCUCAGCAGCCAGAGGAGCAGCAUGGGCAGCCAGAUGCAAGGGCUGAUGGUCCAGUACACAGCACUGCCUUCCUACCAGGUGCCCAUGGGCAGUGACUCCCAGAACGUGGUCCAGCAGCCCUUCCAGCAGCCCGUGCUCGUGCCAGCCAGCCAGUCUGUGCAGGGGGGGCUCCAGGCUGCAGGGGUCCCCAUCUACUACAGUGUCAUCCCCACUGCCCAGCAGAAUGGCACCAGCCCAUCCGUGGGGUUCCUGCAGCCCCCUGGCUCUGAGCAGUACCAGAUGCCGCAGUCCCCGGCGCCCUGCAGCCCUCCCCAGAUGCAGCAGCAGUAUUCAGGGGUGUCCCCAUCAGGCCCUGGUGUGGUGGUGAUGCAGCUGAAUGUCCCCAACGGCCCCCAGGCCCCCCAGAACCCCCCCGUGGUGCAGUGGAGCCACUGUAAGUACUACAGCCUGGAGCAGAGGGGGCAGAAACCUGGAGACCUCUACAACCCCGACAGCAGUGCUCAGGCCAGCACCCAGCUGAGCAGCCCCAUCACGUCCCCCACGCAGUCGCCGACGCCGUCGCCCGUCACCAACCUGAGCAGCGUGUGCCCGGGGCUGAGCCCCCUGCCCGUGCUCACCCAGUUCCCCCCCCGGCCCAUGGGCCCUGCACAAGGUGACGGGAGGUACUCCCUGCUGGGCCAACCUCUGCAGUACAACCUGUCCCUGUGUCCCCCUCCUCUGCUGCACAACCAGCCCAGCUACACAGGCCACCAGGGCCAGGCCGGGAUGAAACACAGCAACAGGAGCAAGAGGCAGGCCCUGAAAUCAGCCUCCACCGACCUGGGGACCAGUGACGUAGUGCUGGGCCGGGUGCUGGAGGUGACGGACCUGCCCGAGGGCAUCACACGGACAGAGGCCGACAAGCUCUUCACGCAGCUCGCCAUGGCCGGUGCCAAAAUCCAGUGGCUCAAAGAGACUCAGGGGCGCCGCGGGGACGGAGGAGGCGGCGGGGACAACAACAACAACACCAACAACACCAACAGCACCAACAACAGCAGCAGCGGGACUGCGGAGAACGGCAGGCACAGUGACCUCGCUGCCUUAUACACCAUCGUGGCCGUGUUCCCCAGCCCCCUGGCUGCCCAGAACGCCUCCCUGCGCCUCAACAACUCCCUCAGCCGCUUCAAACUGCGCGUGGCCAAAAAGAACUACGACCUGCGGGUGCUGGAGAGGGCGAGCUCCCAGUAGAGCCCGGCCAGGGGCGCUGCCCCGGGGCCUCUUCUGCUCCCACCCUCCCCUCCUCUCGCCCUCCUUCCUUGAUAUAUUUAUAUGAACAUAAUUAAGAGACGAGGAGUUGAUUUU